GCCGGUGACAGAAUAUAACCAUAAAUCUAGCGUAAAAUUAUUUCAAAAAUAAUUUCAAAAAAUAAGAAUCGGUUUGAAAAGUUAAAAUACAGAAUAUGGCGAAUAUUCUUGGCUUUGUAGGUGUAGGAGUUUCUGGGCUCGCACUUCUUUUUGCUAUACUGGCUAUGUCAUUGAAAUACUGGGAAACUUCAGAUCAAGGUGGGGUGGCUGAUGUUAACAUUGGAAUAUGGGAAUAUUGUAUUGAAACAAGCGGCACCAAAGUAUGCACUACGAUUGACUCGGAUUCAGUUACCGAUGACGAACUAAGAAAUUACCGAGGUGUGCGCGCGACAGUAUUUCUUGGCAUACUAUUUACCACAGGUGCUAUCGUAUCAGCGAUCUUAGUGCUGUUUAUCCUGACAACCAAAAAGGUUCUAUAUUUUGUAGCGGCUGGACUUGAUGUAGCUGCAGGUCUCUUCUUGAUGAUUGCGAUGGCUGUGUAUGCGGACAAAGUGGCUCAUGAUGGAUAUGACUUUCAUGCAUCUUUUGCAUUAGACAUCAUUGCCUGGCUAGCAGCAUGGGCUGGUGGAGGAAUAUUUGUGGGAGCUAAACUUGCUGAAAAGGAAUAAUACAGUGAAAAAUAAGAUAUAUCUUGCAAACAUGUCAUGUCUUAUAUUAUAUCAUAUUGUAGUGUUGCUUAUUAACUAAAUACUAUACUAGCAUCACUCUUCUGUAAUUUGUUUCAUUUUAUUAUUUAUUAUUCGUACUAUGUGUUAGUACAUGUAUGUCGAUAUGUAUGGUUGAAAUUGUUAGAAAAUCAAGAUUUAGAAAAAAGUCGUUACUUCAAUCCGUUUACAGUUGCUUCAAAAAAUAUAUGUUGAUAAUUUAUCUUUUGUCAUUUCCUCGGGUGCAGAUGUAAAAUACUCGAAGAAAAUAUUGAACAAUG